AUGACAUUACCGCCCGCCCGCCCGCUGUUUGAAGAGCAGCAUGGCGAGAGGAGUGUGGCUGAGAGGGAAGCUGUCCUCUCUCGGUGCCAUGUGGGCUCGCACUUCCCCAGCUUUGUGACGCACCUGCUCUGGACUCCUGGAGCCCGAGAAAGCUCCUGCUGCUGUGACCUGCUGCUGCUGCAUCCUGAUGACUGUCUCUGCCCCUCAGCUCCUGCUGCUGUGACCUGCUGCUGCUGCGCCCUGAUAACUGUCUCUGCCCCUCAGCAGAGCUCCUGCUGCUGUGACCUGCUGCUGCUGCGUCCUGAUGACUGUCUCUGCCCUCAGCAGAGCUCCUGCUGCUGUGACCUGCUGCUGCUGCGCCCUGAUGACUGUCUCUGCCUUCAGCAGAGCUCCUGCUGCUGUGACCUGCUGCUGCUGCGUCCUGAUGACUGUCUCUGCCCUCAGCAGAGCUCCUGCUGCUGUGACCUGCUGCUGCUGUGUCCUGAUGACUGUCUCUGCCCGUCAGCAGAGCUCUUGCUGCUAGCUCCUGCUGCUGUGACCUGCUGCUGCUGCAUCCUGAUGACUGUCUCUGCCCCUCAGCAGAGCUCCUGCUGCUGUGACCUGCUGCUGCUGCGUCCUGAUGACUGUCUCUGCCCUCAGCAGAGCUCCUGCUGCUGUGACCUGCUGCUGCUGCGCCCUGAUGACUGUCUCUGCCCUCAGCAGAGCUCCUGCUGCUGUGUCCUGCUGCUGCUGCGCCCUGAUGACUGUCUCUGCCCCUCAGCUCCUGCUGCUGUGUCCUGCUGCUGCUGCGCCCUGAUGACUGUCUCUGCCCUCAGCUCCUGCUGCUGUGACCUGCUGCUGCUGCGCCCUGAUGACUGUCUCUGCCCCUCAGCAGAGCUCCUGCUGCUCUCCUGCUGCUGUGACCUGCUGCUGCUGCGCCCUGAGGACUGUCUCUGCCCCUCAGCAGAGCUCCUGCUGCUGUGA